AUGAGAUGCGGCCACGCACCCUUCUAUCGCGCGCACUCUCCCGACUACUCACUCCCCGGCCUGUGCGGCCGCAAAAGUGUGCACCCAUCCAUCGCACACCCUGCCACCUGUCCAUAUGCAUCCAUCACUACCCUCGGUGCCGUUCACGGCCUCUCUCUCCAGAGCUUCCAAGCGCGGAUCAGCAUCCUGUGCAAGCCGUGGCCCGCAGCCCGCGAGCGCUGGCAGCAGGCCCCGGAGCACGGACCGUCACGCGCGAGGGAUCUAGUCCAUGCGCGUGGGCCCGCGUGUCAGCGCGAGAUCUCGUUGGGCAGUGGUAGCGUUCAGCUCGAGGGAGCGUGGGGCGGGGCGGCGUAUGCGCGUGCGGAGUGGCUCCAGGACUACGCACAACCCCACGAGUCUUACCUCCCCACCGCCGUUCCCCCGCUCUCCUCACUCCUAAAACCCGCUCUCAAGGCCAACCUCGGCCUCGAGGCAAAGGUUGACGCAGAGCGCGCAACCGAUAUCGAUGCCAAGGCCCGCCGCCGCAACCUUUCACAGACGCUCGGGCAGACAUCGGUGCGCAGCUCUCUCUUCCUCUUCCACUCCCUUCUCCUUCUCCCUUCCUCUCUCCCUUUUUUUUUCGCUGUCCCUGCCUUGCUGACUGGCAUCACAGCAACGGAGUUGCGAGACACUGGCACUGACAACGACGAAGUGGCGGACGGCAGCGGUGCGGACGGAGGGCCGGACGACACCAUGUUCGACGCAUAG